UUUUUUCUUUCCUUUGUUCUUUUACUUCUCGUCCCACAACUCACCUUAAAACAAAUAACCUAACAUAGUAGUAAUAAUAAUUUUGUUAAUACUCAUCGCUCUCAUUGUCGUCACUCCCACUCUUUGAGUCUCACCGCUAUCGUUUAGUAUUUUUGAAGUAACUAUUCUUUUAUAUCAUCACGAAACAAUUAUUAAGUAACAUAACAUAACAUAGGUAGCCAGCAAAACCCACCAGCAAAUCAUAGCUCGCAGCAGUAAGCAAGCAAGUUAGGAAAGCAGGGAUUUUUGUUUUUGGGUCGUCACCCAGAGCAUAGGCACGGACGAUAGGCUGGCAAUAAGCUAGCUAGCUGGCUGGCUGGUGGGCAUCCCGAGCAGCGUGGGCUAGAUUUGGUAACAUCAUUAUCACUACAAACCAAACCGAACGACGCACUGCCACAACAAAGGCCCCAAAGCGACCCGAUAUCCGAAUCUCCUUUCCUAAAUCCUCCCUCGUUUUUUCAUAAUCUUUUUUUUUUCUCGUUUCUCGUAUUAUAUUCUAUCUUCACAAAAUAAUUCUAGCUAUUUCCAAUAUCUCUCUGGUGUAUUUGAAACAUUCUUACCUCGGCGCGCGUCCAAUCAAUUGCAAGGUCCAGCGCACCGAGACUCUGUCCUUCUUAUCACGAUGCGGCCCUAGUGGUCCUAGAUCCUUCUGCGUUAAGCCUUGGGCGACACCAUCUUGCUACCUCUCCCCGACGACGAACGAUGCGAAAUCAUACUUUAAGGCUUCUCAAUACGCCUACCACCUAUCUAGGGUUCGCUGACGCCGAGUUUGACGAGAAUCAAGAUGUGUAUGCGGCAGAUGAUGUUUCGCCCGUCAAGAUGAUAGGCACUUAUAAAUCAGAGCAAGAUAGAUGCUUACCCUCACUGUCUUCACCGACUUCUACUCCUACGGCACGAAAUAGCAGGAUAUCGUCCCUCUCCAGUGUUAUAGUGGGUUCUUUGGUAGCGUCUACCUGGAUUUGCACUGCAUCCGCUGUGAAUGUUACGUUCAACAACUGUCUAGAUAGCAACUAUAUCUAUUCCAACCAGCCGGCGGAACAAGUUCAACUCCAAUGGGUUCCCCUGUAUGCCGAUGCCAAAUUUGAUACCCAGAACCCAAACCAUAACCUGAUCGUUACGGUAUGGGGAAAUGUGACGGGUCGCGUCGGCGUCGAUACGCUGCCGCCGUGGGAUUCUCCGCGUUGGAAUGAGCCGGACCAAGUACUGAAUGGGAAGAUACAAAACGAACCCGAACCGAAUUUGCCAGCCGCUCAGCGCAAAGUUACAACUCUGUAUUACAAAGUUGGCGUCGCCACGUACGAGCCUUAUCAUAAUACCGUGAACUUCUGUAACAAUAUCAUAAACGGGUCGUGUCCGCUCGGUCCCGUGUUUAAGGAUCAUAUUCCCGAUAACUCUCCACCCUACGACUUUCCCUCUUUUAACCUCUCUAGGGAUAUGUCUUCGUCCUAUGCUUUUACGUCAUUCGCUCCCACUUUCAUUGUCUGGUAUGGCGACUCUGGGAAGACCACCAUCGGAUGUGUUUCUACGAUUCUCACUCCAGAUCUUGGUGGAAUCGCUUGGUCCCUGAAGUUUGUACCGUUAUUCGUAUUGAUCUUGGUGGGGUUUGCAACAGCCUUCGCGGGUAUCUUUAGCCCAUGGGGUACGAGUGAUGUGUUCCAUUGGACGUCAAAUUACGGCAGAGAUCCCGAUCUUUUGCGCCUGGUCACUCCUGGCUUUGGUGAUUGUCUCCAGUACAUCCAGUAUAUUCUUCUGACCGGCAGCCUCACCCUGGAGUACCCUGGAUUUUAUCAGCCAGUUACGAGUCAGGUCUCGUGGUCUACCUUGAUGUUCAACCAAAGUUUCGUCUCCAACGCCGAGCCUUGGCAGAGUCUAGUCGACGGACUCUACACGAUGAAUGGCACCUAUGGUCUUGAGAAGAUUGCGCAAUUAGAUGGUAUGGCUCAGGUCGAAGAUAUUUGGGCUGGUAUGAUGGUAUGGUUACUGGUCAUCAUUGCUGCCGUUCUCGUCUUGUUACAAAUUUGGUUCUUUGGACGGUGGCUAUUGCGAUAUAUCAACCACAUCCCGGAGGAGGAUCUUCGAUCAAAGAAUAUCCCUUUCUCAUUAGGCAAUAUCAUUCGCCUCGUCUUCAGCUAUUUUCUACUUCCUAUUGUUGCCUUGACCACCUUCCAACUGGUGGUUGCAACCCGUUCCCCGAGCUACCUUGUAGGGCUGGCUGUUCUCACUUUGGUCGUGAUCAUCGGAUUUGCGAUAUGGCUUAUAUACCUCAUUAUAAGUACCAAACCUCGGGCGCACCUGUUUGACGAUCUCCCGACCGUACUUCUUUAUGGACCCCUCUACAAUACAUACUCUGACCAAGCCGCUGCUUUCGCUUUAAUUCCAAUCCUACUAACAAUAUCGCGAGGCAUUGCCGUGGGCGCCGUGCAGCCCUCGGGUACCGCACAGAUAGUAAUAUUAGCUGUGUGCGAAGUAAUUCAAAUGCUAACGCUCCACGCAUUUCGACCUUUCCAUUCUCCUACUUCGAUGAAUGCUUAUCACACAGGGUUUUCGAUUGUCCGUUUCGUAUCCGUAAUUCUCAUGGUUGCGUUCACGCCAAGCUUAGGGGUUUCAGAGGGCCAGAAGAGUUGGAUCGGCUACGUGAUCCUGCUAAUACACGGAUCUGUACUAAUUUUCGGCUUCCUCCUAAAUGCGCUACAGACAAUCAUUGAGGUUAUUGCACGGUUAUUAGGUGCCGGAGGGGAUGAUAUUGAUGGACAGAGAAGAGGGGGGCUUUCCAAGAUUUUCGGCGCUCGCCAACUAUCGAGACGCGUGGACCGGCGCGGCGGUCCAUCCCGUCAAAGCCAACUUAGUACGACGGCUAUGUUAACGUCCGAAACUGCAACAAAGCGCGGGUACGGACGCGUAAGAAGCGAAUCAGCUGGUAGCAUCGGGAUGCUCGCCAAUCACAACCUGAGAAGCUCGAGCGCCCUGGAUGCUCGGAGUAUAGAUGCGUACUCAAUCCCGCUUGGUAGUGGUGGUGCUUUCACCCCGACGACGACAACCCCUGGAGACGCUAGUACACUCUCCUUCCUGCCAUCUCCAGGGCAAGCUACUCGUCCUCAACCCACGGCUGAUCCCUACUACCGUCCCCCACGCGCUCGGCGAGGUACUAUUGGCGAGGUAGGAUCCUCAUCACCACAUCGGGCGCGUAGCUCUUUAGCUAGUAUUGACCUAUCGAGUCACCGGUUGAGUGAACCUGCUGGAGCCACGACUGGCGGAGACGAUGAUCUACUACCCGCAGGGAAGAUGAAUCCAGCUCCGGCACCUGCAUCUUAUAUACCAGUCUUCGCGCCGAGAGCAGAUUAUUCGACCCGUGAAGUCGACUUCUACUAUGGUGUGCGUGGCCCUGCAUUGAAUUCGGAGGGACCUGGCCGUAAGUUAGGUACCGGCCCGGCAGAUCCUACCAGUCCAGUUGCAACAGCUACGGGAUGGCUCAAACGUCUUUUUGGUGGUAAAACUAAAGAGAAGGGCAAGGGCUUCGAGGUAGUUAGGAGUGCCCGGAUGCCUCCUGCGAUGAGGGCCAGAAAUGGUGAGCUUGCCGAAGAGCCACCGGAGGGCAUACCUGUAGCAAUGGGUGUACUUCGAAAUGGUCCAAUAGAAAGCGACGAUGAGGAUGAUACGCCAAAGUCGAAGAAAACUAAGGGCGUUAUUGAAGAUAGUGCUCAAGGUGAAUUGCUUAACGAAGACGGUGAUCCUCGGUCUGAUGGUGAACAUCAAUCGGAUGAUGAGGUGAACACAGAGGUACCCAAGGUCGACGAAGAACCACCUCUUUUGCCCGACCUUGACGCAGGUGAAAGCUUUAGGGUCCCUAGUAGAAUACAUUCCAAGGCAAGCAGGCGUCCAUCGCAAAGGACGGCGAGAGCCUCAUCAGCGACCGAGGAAGUGCCAGUUCCCGAAGUUCCCAGGAAGAGCUCGAAACGAAAUUCUAGUGUAAACCCGUUAGAAAACAGGCAACUUAUUGAUCUUGCGCCGCCCUUGGGGGCACCACUAACUCCGACGCAAUCGAAUAAUACAGGACCGGCCGGAAGCACUUCGACAAGAUUGCCAUUUGACCGUACUAAUUCUCAGAAGCGUCUUUCAUUAUCGUCGGUAGCGGGAACGGAAGCGUCCAGCCACGUACCUUCUGCCGACGGGACAGAAGACAGACCUACAAGCUACGGCUACGUCCAUCAACAUAAUAUCAGUCAAAUCGACCCAGAGCAAGGAGUGGAUCUACUUGGAAGCUCGGCAGAGGUAGUAGACGUAUCAAGGAAGCCAAGCCCAGGCUCGUCGGUGUCUAGGCGAUCUAAUCGCUAAGCAUACACGGAUUACUCACAGGCACACCUCAAUAUUACCAUAUUUACGUGUAACGAAUUUUCUUGAAUCGCUGUAUAGGAGGAAUGUAUAGAGUCGAUUGGGCCCUUUGGCAAGGGCUGUAAUAGGAAUUUUAGUGAGGUGUUUUUGAAUUUUUUGCGGUUGGGAACCAGCAAGGCGCUUAAGGAUAUGAUCAGUCACAUCUUACGGCAACGAUAUUUCGAUGCCUUUUUUUAUUUUUUAUUUUUUAUUU